AGGACCACCGAGUCUGUUUUCAUUAGAUUAGUUAGGAUGGCAUGUACCUCGCGAAGGAAAGUACUGAUUGGCUGCACGGGUAGCGUUGCCACUAUAAAACUGCCACAACUCGUGGAUAAGCUUUGGCGUCAUAAUUUAGAUAUUCGAAUAGUUGUGACCGAGAGGGCCAAGCACUUCCUGAAAGAGGCCGAACUGCCUCCUGGAACGCAGGUGCUUUCGGACACCGUAGAAUGGGCGGCUUGGCAGGACAGGGGCGAUCCUGUCCUACAUAUAGACCUCGUGAAAUGGGCCGACGUCUUCCUCAUAGCGCCCUUAGAUGCCAACACGCUCGGCAAACUUGCCAGCGGUAUUUGUGACAAUAUAUUAACGUGCGUCGCACGCGCUUGGGAUCCUGCGAAACCCCUUCUUUUUUGCCCUGCUAUGAACACCAGGAUGUGGGAUCAUCCCGUAACAGCGCCUCAAGUUGCUUUGCUCAAGUCCUGGGGAUAUAAGGAGAUCAGCUGCAUCUCUAAAACCCUUAUGUGCGGCGAUACCGGAAUUGGCGGGAUGGCGGAAGUAGAUACCAUUGUACAAAUGACGCUCCGCUUUCUAAAUCCCUGGGAUCCGUAUUCGCCACCUAAUAAAGCGUUUUGAUCGUUCUAAACGAAAAACAAGUGUGGCACAUGCCAAGAUGUUACUUAAAAAAGUAAAGAAAAUGAAUAAAGUGAAUUGAUUGUGUUCCAA